AUGGUAACCCGAUGUGGAGUGUUGGAGAUCCAGCUGGGUAAAGAAGGCAUCCAUAAAGUGGAGUGGCAGCAGUCAGCACAGGGUUCAGGUUUAAGAAGGCACUUUGAUAUUUCACCCUACUCUGUCUCGGCCUGCAAGGUUUGUGCUGAGAAUGACACGGAUAGCUUUAUGGAGGUUACUUUUCUUGCAGAGUUGGGACAGUUUUCCGUGUUCAUGAGCCCUCUGCCAAUGCUUUCACUUGCCACUGUCAUGGGCACACACAGGGAAUUGACCACAAGCCGGAAGGUUCAGGAGGUCUCCUCUCGUGAGAAUCCGGACGCUCUCGAGGACCUGAGCUGUGCUGGUGGGAGCGCGCUUCGCGGUCCCGCUGAGCAGGCGCGAGAGGCCCGUGGCUGCGGCGGGCGCACGCCUUGCCCCGCCCCCGCUGCUCUCAGGCUCCGCCCGGGCUCGCGCACACGCGCGCACUCCAGUUCAAGCUUCGGUCUGGCCUGGGGGGACCCGGCGGGUGGAGGCUGGGCGGCUGAGGUACGAGGGGAGGAGCCGGAGGAACCGGAGCUGCCGCCGCCACAGCUACAGCCACAGCCGCCGCUGCUGCUGGAGAAGAGCCUGUCUGCAACUAGAGCCAAGAAAGUGAAGAUGGCCACCAAAUCGUGCCCCGAGUGCGACCAACAGGUUCCUGUUGCAUGUAAAUCUUGUCCCUGUGGUUAUGUAUUUAUUAAUAGGAAACUUCUAAAAGUAAAAUGCUCAGAGAAAUCAUCAUCUUUUACAGAAGUGAACAGUACCAUAUCUUUGAAAGAUUUGCGAAUACUAUUUUUAUAUGAAUUUAAACUAGGACACAGUGCAGCCACAGCAAGUAGAAACAUCAAUUCUGUCUUCGGAAAAGGCUCUGUUAGUGAAAGGACUAUCCGGUGGUGGUUCGAAAAAUUUCGUUCUGGGGAUCUGAGUCUGAAAAAUGAGCCUCGAGGGAGACCCAAAUCUGUUUUAAAUGAAGAUCAGUUGAGAGCCAUGGUGGAAGCUAAUCCCAAAACAGCAAUUCGAGGCCUCGCAGCAGACUUAGGAGUUUCUGCUACAACAAUUUCUCGACACCUGGCUGCAAUAGGAAAGGUGAAAAAGUUGGACAAAUGGGUAGGUAACACCAACUGAUGGAUGAUCACAAACUGAGAUGAUUAGAGAUGUGCUCAUACCUUAAGAUUUUAAAGAGCAGAGACCUAUUUUAGAGAAUAUCAUAAACUUUGACAAAAAAUGAAAAUGGUCUGGAUGAUGGUUGGAUGUUGGAGAAAUUACCAAGUGUGUUAAAACCAUCAUUGCAACCAAAAAGAAGGUUCUGGUAACUGUAUGGUGGUCUGCAAAGAGAGUAUUUCAUUUCUUUUAACUCAGGCAAAACUAACAGUAGCAUCUUAUUGUAAAGAAGUUGAAAUUAUGUAUCAUUUGUCAUCAUUUGAAACUCCAAAAAACAGAGCAUUCUCUAAUAGAGAACAGUAAUGGAAGGAUUUGAAUAAAUUUUAACAAUGCUGAAUUUUAAAUAUAUUUGGAGAAAUUUAUCAUUGGGGAAAAGCAGUUAAUGCUAAUAGUGUAUAUUUUGGUUGAAUAAAAUUUUUUUCUUUUUCUGAAAAACACAACAUUUUCAUUUUUAUAUAAAGGCAGUUUCAUAUGGCUCAACUUAAUACCUUCCCAGACCCUGGCAGAACAUGAAGACUGAAAGAUACCUAAUAUACUAGAAAACUACAGGCUGCCCCUGAGUUUUGAGCUUCUUCAUUGGAGGAAUGUGGAACAACCCAGAGUGUAUGUGUGUGUGAAAGAUGCUUAGGACUCAGCCAUGCAAAAAUCUGGGUAAAGAGGAUUUUAGGGGAAUAAGCAAAAGCUCUCAGGCUUUCGGAAGAUAUUUUUUGAAUAAAGAAGUGAAAGCAUGUUUCUGAUACAAGAGCCGUGCACACAGAAGACAUGGCAUACUGGUGCUUUUGAGUGAUAAUACUUAUUCUGUCACACAAAGCCAGUCCUUCGUCCAUGAUUCUUUAUUUAAAAAAAAAAUGUAAGUGGCCUAUCAGAGACCAUAAUUAAUGGCCUUUUUAUGAUUAUGUAGCUAGAUUGCAGUUCUGGCAUUCAUGGAUUAAGUUGGGGUAAAGAUACUGGGUUGGUUCUCUUCCUGCUUCUCUCCCUUCUGAUGAUCUACUGUGUCUAAUCUGUGAAGGAUAGCUAAGGAAUCCUAAAAGCUAAGAGGUGAGAAAAAGGCAUCUGGAAUGGAUUUUACUUGAGAGACAUAUAGGGAAGGAGGGAGGGCAAGGAAUGGAGGGAAAGAUGGAAUGGAAAUCCCCUAAAGUAGAAUUUGACUGUGAGCCAAAGAAUUAAAGGCCACGGGAUGCAUUAUUGCAAAUUAAAAAAAAAAAAAAAAA